GGGAAAUUGAAAGUACGCAGAGUAAAACGAUAACAAUCUUAAAGAGAGCACACUGCUCAACAUGUGAGCGUGCAUCUGAAUCGGAAGAGUUCCAUUAUUCCACGGAUUUCGGUUUCGGUAGCAGCAUUAAAUAAAUGCCCGAAAUUCGGUUGAAACAAUUAACGGACCCAUUUCCCGCGCCGUGACGCCUGCCGAUGCAACGGGUGGGCGAGGUUGGUUCAUCACAAACAAACAUUGAUGUCGCUGAGUGGUGACACGCUAAUUGAUGAAUGUGGUAAAAUGGGGAUACCAAGCAGCCGCCGCUCAUCUGAACUCCGUACUUCCCGCGUCUGACAUGGAUAGCUUGAUUUGACGAGCAUUGGCUUGGAGUGACUAACAUUAUGCGAUAAUAACAUCCCCUGCCCCACGCGAAACGCCGGAGUUCCAGCCCGCGCAUUUUGUGUUUUCCGUCCAAACAUCAGCAACGAAACAUUCCAUGUUGAAGUGGCGACCCCCCAAUAAAUCAUACCUCACAGAUGCAUGUGCCGCUUGGUCAUUAUUACCAGUAAUAAAUCUACAUCCUAGAAGUAUGAAGGAAAACAAACUCUUCUCCCGAACGCCUGAUGGGAAUGCUGGACUUGACGGCAAUUGCAAUGAUGUCAGAGACGCGUUGAGCCACUGUGAUUUGCUCGAGCAAGCCUCGAUAUUUGAUUGGCGACGUUAGCUACUGGCCAGGGGUAUGGUAUGUACGCAGCAGUUAUACGGAGUAUAUGCUUGGCCAUUAUCCCACGACGUCGAGCCAACCCUCUGUGGAUUGUUUCAUCGAUCGCGCCAAUCGUCAUGCACAUUAACUGGUCUGGUGAGACCUUCUCAGCUCUGUCAUCAUACCAUUCGUGCGGUUUUCAAGUUUGCGUUUUAGAUAUUCGGACUCUUCGGACUCUGGGAGGCUGCCCUGCCUUGGUUGGAUAUGAUGCUGGCCAAGAUAUAAAGAUCUACCCGGCCAAUUUGAUUGAGAGCGCUUCUCCCCGGUUAUUCAGCACAAUUCUCUGCGAGCUCCAUUCCAGAACAUGGAAUUUUGAGUUGUGAGAUCCGAGUUCUUCGCUAUGGCAGCUUCGUUGUCAAACAAAGCCACUCCAAAAGCCCAGGUCCAACGGACGGGACUCACUUGGCGCUGGUCCCUGCAAUCAAAGUUAACGCUGAGAGACGACGCUAAUUGGAGGUUCACUCAACCCCUUGCUAGCUCAUAUAUUCUCCGUGUGUCAGGUCAGGUCCCCGCCUAUACUGCCCGAUACCAUACCGACCACUUCAACCCCGAGGUUGAGGUGGUUGGGCAAGUCUCUAUCAUCACACUUCUGUUGGAAUUCAUGCAAAUGAGCAUUCAGAAUUAGUUUCACAACCCUGCUAUUAAUUCUCUGCAACAAAUCAUAGGCCUUUGUCAACUACGGCUAUUCGUUUGGAACUAGGAAAACAGCUAUGUAUCCCGAUUGUACGGAGUAUCUCGCCUAAACCGGCCAGGAAAUGAGCUUAUGUCUCAUCCGCCAUGGACUUCAGUUGGGGUUUGGCCCCUGGGCGAAUAACGUCGAUGAGAACGAAUUGCAGGGACUAUGGGGCUUGCUGGGAAUGCUCCACUUGUUAGCAUGAUGGUCUGCCAAAGCGGCAGAAAGAGUGUCCCACUCUCAGAAACGGGACGAAAUCCGAAUGCCCUUUUGUAUCUCACCUCUCCUCCGAGUUUCUAUAUUUUCUUCUCUCUCUCUUUUUGUCCUUUUUCACCUUCUCAGUGUUUUUUUUCACACUCUUUUGUUCGUUCAGAUUUUUCUGUUCUACAUUCCUUUAGAACUCUAGCGACAGGGUCGUUAUUUCUCCCCAAUUCAGUCGUUCUUUACGGACUACCCUUCGCGAAUUGAUUUCGCAGUCAUUACUUGACGACAUUUGCGGUACUGAUUUUGUUCUUUUAUUGAUAAAAAGAACAUCAAACAAAUUCUUCUGUUUUACGAUUGCUUCUUUGAGUUUAUUUUAAGUGGCAUUGAUUGCCAUUUCGUCUCCACAAUGCAUUUCAUCAGCAAGCUAUCCAUUGCUGCCACCGUAACGGCGGCAGCUCUUACCCAGGCUCAACCUCUCAAGAGAUUUGGCUACCGUGAUGAUUCGAUUCGAUCCAACGACGGAAACGCAAACGCUGCCGGUCAAUAUCCAUCAGGCCCACCACCAGCCAUGUCGAUUCUGCCCGUUUCAAGCGACGUUGAUCCCAUUGAUACCCCCUACAGCUCACCCACCAGCACCAGGGAAGUGACUCCAAGUUACGGCCCUCCUACAGUCUCAGUUGGAUACUCAGCCAGCCUUCCAUCCGAUUACUCGAUUCCCACCAGCCUUGCUACUCCAACUUACGGACCACCCUCGGUCACAGAUGCAUUCCCAACUGGUAAUCCAACUGACGACUCGGUUCCCACCGACGUGACUCCAACCUACGGACCACCCUCGGUCACAGGAGCAUUCCCAACUGGUAACCCGACUGACGACUCGGUUCCCACCGACGUGACUCCAACCUACGGACCGCCCUCGGUCACAGCUGAAUUCCCAACCAGCAUUCCAGCUGACUAUUCGCCCCCGGCCAGCUCAGACUCCGGCCCAAUCACCGUGACGGUUCGACCUCUGCCUGUGUCCUCAGCCUCUGGUGUUAAUCCCAUCCAGACCAGCUCCACCAGUGAUAGCCAAGCAACCCCAACUUACGGACCUCCUUCGGUUACCAGUGGAUUCCCAACCAUUCCAGCUGAUAACCCAGGCCCCAUCAGCUCGAAAACAGCAACUGUGACUUACACACUCGGAACUGGAACCGAGACAGUCGUGGUCACUCGAACUGUCACCAUUGGCGUUCCUCCUCAACACCAGAAGCCCACCCCACCCCCUGACGCUGGUGUAGAUCCUAUCUCUGAUUCCACCACUACGUUGUCAACAACCUCGACGACAACUACUACUAUUACCCUAGAACCGUCACCCACUCCUGGCAACAGUAAACCCAGCAAGCCUAAUCGGCCGGGCAGACCUGGUGGCUCCCCAUGCAAACCUGUUGUUAUUGUAACUGUUACUGAGGAAGCAGUCACAGUGACCGCUACUCCAACGGCUGUUGAUCCAACGUUUGACAACCCAAAACCGACAGAGGUGGUCACACCACACCCAUAUCCGACUACACCAAGUGAUGACGACGACGACGUGACUUCUGCACUGCCAUCAACUUCUUCAGUUAGUGUUCCCGUCAAAGUCCCGCUGCCUCCUUACCCUACCGGGACCACUGUUCGCGCCAAACCUACGACUUCCUCAGGGUUCCUCACCAGAGUGCAUCCGAUCCCCACCGGAGGCUAUUACUAUUAAGAAAUGCACUAUAGCAUCGUGGUUCCUGGAGGGUACCUCAAAAAGUUACCCGUAAUGCCUUGCUCAAAUUUUUACAACAGUCCUUAAAGCAUCCAACCCUAGGUAGGGCUACCAGUAUGACUAUGGACUGUUUUAGUGCUACGGGGGAUUAAAAAGCGAUUCAUUCACUAGUGCACCAUUCCGAAGCGUCGAAUAUUUCGAGACGGGGAUAUGACUUGCUUUUCAACCUCGAUUUUUCUUCUCUAUUCUUCUUGCGCAAGAUAUCUGGUUUUCCGGAGGUAUGGGACUUGAGGGAGUUUGGAUAUAGGGGUACGGGCCAAGGAAAACUACCUAGACGUUCAGUUUUCAGUUCUCGGAAUAUUAUUCCUCGCCCAAUCAACUUUUCCGAAAUCCCCUGAAUUCCAUUUUCGGCCAUUUCUUGUCUCAGUCUCUUGGCUGCCUUAUUCUGCCUUUAUUUAUCUUUCUCUUCUUUUCUUUGAUAGAUUACUUUAGCCAACAAGGUUUAUAUAUUGAUGGUGCCAUUAUAUGUACUGUACAUUUGUUUAUUGUUUAUCUUUUUUAUUUAUUUUUUAUUUAUUUUUUUAUUUAUUUUUUUUAAAUCGUCCCAGUCUGAUGAGCGCAGCUGGGGGUUUGAAUAUCGUAGAGAGUUGUAUUCCACAUAUGCAAAUUUGGAGCCUGCCAACCCCGGCUCUGAGUUGAAUGGUUUAGUUUUUUGUCCUGUUAUGCCCUCAGGCCGGCGUAUUUGUCUUCCCUUAUUUACUAUUUCGUUGGCCCAUGCAUAAAUUAUGCAAGGCAUAUCAAGGUUAGAGGCGCAAUAAUUGACUGUACGUUGGUAAACUUAUCAUCCAUUUAGCCCUUUAAAAUGUCUGUUCUUCUUGUUGCCCCAUAAUGAUUUCCGUUUGUAAAACAUUUUUCCAGAAUUGGUCGGAUACGACAUGGUUUAUAUUUAUUAGUAUUAUCCAAUGGCCCGCCCAGGGGUUCUUCGCACUAAGUAUUAAAUAUGU